GCAGCCAGCAGCCUCUCUCUCGCCCUCCUGCUCUUGCUGGACUGCAGCAUCAAGUAGCAGCAGCAGAAACAUCACGGCGGCGGCAGCGGUGGCGGCGGCGUCGGCGUGCCUGCAGGAGCUCACACAUGUCCCCACGCUUUGCUGAGAUGCAGUCUCAAAGAUAAGACGGCUGACGGCCUCGUCUGCUCGGCUCUUGCAGGACUGAUCAGCUGCCUCCUUCCCGGCCGCUCCCGCUAGAUGGGGUUCGACCUACGCACUUAAUUAAAAGUGUCCCGGCAGCCUGAGCGGCGUACCCGGCUGUUGGUGAUUUGACGCAAUAAAGUACCCAGAGCUGGAAUAGGCUGGUUCCAGACAUUUAGUGCUUAGCUUUGUCUGUGUCAAGAUGAAUGAAACGCACAACAACAGGACUUCCCUGGUCAAAGGCGCCAAGGACAUCGCCAAGGAGGCCAAGAGGCAAGCUGCCAAGAACUUCAGCAAGGCAGUAGACCGUGCCUCCGAUGAAUACUCAACCCAUCGAAGCUACAAUCGAUUCCAGAACGAGGACGAGGAGGACUACAAUUCCUACGAACAGCCUGGUGGCCGAUACGAUGAAAACGCAGCCAACGACGAGGAGGACGCGGCGUCCAGCGAUGCCACGGAGGGCCACGAUGACGAAGACGAGAUCUACGAAGGGGAGUACCAAGGUGUGCCCGCCUGCCAGGACGGUAAGGCCCAGGACAGACAGCUGGCUCUGGGCCAGCCUGCGAGCGACAGCCUGAAGAGCCACAAGGAGUUGGAAAACGAGAGGCAGGCCGACGAGGAGGAGCUGGCGCAACAAUAUGAGCUCAUCAUGCAGGAGUGCGGCCAUGGGAGGUUCCAGUGGCAGCUCUUCUUCGUGCUCGGCUUGGCGCUCAUGUCGGACGGCGUGGAGGUGUUCGUGGUGGGAUUCGUGCUGCCCAGCGCCGAGACCGACAUGUGCGUCCCCAACUCCGGUGCAGGAUGGCUCGGCAGCAUCGUGUACCUGGGAAUGAUGUUUGGAGCCUUUUUUUGGGGCGGCCUGUCAGACAGGUUGGGCCGCAAACAGUGCCUCCUGAUAUCGAUGUCGGUCAACGGCUUCUUCGCCUUCCUCUCCUCCUUCGUCCAAGGCUACAGCAUGUUCCUUUUCUGCCGCAUGCUGUCAGGAUUCGGGAUUGGCGGCGCCGUACCUAUUGUCUUUUCAUACUUUGCCGAGGUACUGGCCCGGGAGAAGCGAGGCGAGCACCUGAGCUGGCUUUGCAUGUUCUGGAUGAUCGGAGGGAUCUAUGCCUCUGCUAUGGCGUGGGCCAUCAUCCCGCACUACGGUUGGAGUUUCAGCAUGGGUUCCGCCUACCAGUUCCACAGCUGGCGAGUGUUUGUUGUGGUGUGCGCGCUGCCCUGCGUCUCAGCGGUGGUGGCGCUCACGUUCAUGCCCGAAAGCCCUCGCUUCUUCUUACAGAUGGGCAAACAUGACGAGGCCUGGAUGGUCCUCAAACACAUCCACGACACCAACAUGCGAGCCCGCGGAGAGCCCGAGAGAGUCUUUACCGUCAACCGCAUAAAGAUCCCCAAGCAGCUGGACGAGCUGGUGGAGAUGCAGAGCGAGUCGACCCACCCGGUCCUCAAAGUUCUCUUCAAAGUAAAGGCAGAACUGCGGGGGAUCUGGUCCACUUUCAUGAGGUGCUUCGACUACCCUGUGAAGGACAACACUAAGAAGCUGGCAGCGGUUUGGUUGACACUCUCGUUCGGGUACUAUGGGCUGUCCGUGUGGUUCCCCGAUGUGAUCAAGCACCUCCAGGCAGACGAGUACGCCUCCAGGGUGAAGAUUCACAACAACGAACGCAUCGAGGAAUUCACCUUCAACUUCACGCUGGAGAACCAGAUCCAUAGAAAUGGGGUGUUCCUCAAUGACAGGUUUAUCAGCAUGAAAUUCAAAGCAGUCUCCUUCAUCAACUCCUCCUUCCUCAACUGCUACUUCGAGGACGUCUCCUCCGUGGGGUCCUCCUUCAAGAACUGCACCUUUGUGGACUCCUUCUUUUACAACACAGAUAUUGACGAUGCCAAGCUGACAAAUUCAAGGGUGAUCAACAGCUCCUUCCACCACAACAAGACGGGCUGUCAGAUGACCUUUGAUGACGACUACAGUGCCUAUUGGGUCUACUUCGUCAACUUCCUGGGAACGCUGGCCGUGCUGCCUGGAAACAUUGUCUCGGCCCUUCUCAUGGACAAAAUAGGCCGUCUCAGCAUGUUAGGGGGCUCCAUGGUGCUAUCAGGCAUCAGCUGCUUCUUCCUGUGGUUCGGCACCAGCGAGUCCAUGAUGAUCUUCAUGCUGUGCCUCUACAACGGCCUCAGCAUCUCCGCGUGGAACUCCUUGGAUGUGGUCACCACGGAGCUCUACCCCACAGACAGGAGAGGCACCGGCUUCGGCUUCUGCAACGCCAUGUGCAAGUUGUCUGCCGUGCUGGGCAACCUGAUCUUCGGAUCGCUGGUGGGCAUCACCAAGGCUAUCCCGAUCCUUCUGGCAUCGUGCGUGUUGGUCGGCGGUGGCCUGGUGGGCCUUCGGCUGCCCGAUACUCGGGCCAACGUCCUCAUGUGAAGCUGAGCGGUGUGUGUGUGUUGUUUACCAGGCCUACGCUACAUUUUGCCGAGCAGCGAUGCAAACUCCUUUACCCGCUUUGUCACAAAAGUUUGCUAAUUAUUUGCACAUGAUUUGAUUAUUUGUCGAAUUUUGGCUGGGUGUCUCGUUCUCUUCAGAGUUUUGUCGCAAAGUGUCUGAGCAUCCUUUCGUUCUGCUUCUGUGCUGCAUAACGUAGCUGGAUGAAGUCGAUUUACACAUCAAAGCACAUCGGUUGAAACAAGCACCGCACCGCACCUUGCAUUGUUUAAUGACUGCAGUGUCACACUAAAGCUAUUAAGGCAGUGUUUUUCAAGCUUUACUUUCCCUGCAACUCGCACAACCACGUAAGUUGCACACGUCAAAUACUGUGACAACUGUCCUUAUUUAUUGAUGUUAUUUCAUUUCUGCCGCUGUUAUGUACGUGUUUUUGCAGUCCAAUGAAAAGCAUGUACACUAUCUCCAUGUUAAGCAAGUUUUUCUUUCUAUGCCUGUUUUUUUGACCCUGUCGUUUAUCUAUUGUUUUGUUGCCGUGUGUAUUUGUGCAGCCCUCCAUCCCACGGAUUUAGUCGGAUUUCAUGCAAAAGAUCAAUAAUACAGCCUUGAUAAUAAGGUAAGCUGUCCUCCUGUGAACAAAAAACGUCCUAACGUCAUCAAAUGUGAAGACGGAUAUACAGUACCAUAUUGGCCCAUGUCGACAUGUCAAGCACUGCUGCAAGCACACAAGUAAGCACACACAAACAGGCAUACAACCGGUAUCCCCUGGUGGGAUAUACUAAGUCAUAUGAAACUGACUUUAUACUAUGGCAAAUGUUUUUAAAAUUUCCUAUGAAUUAAAUAUAAAAUAAUUCAGAGUAACAGUGGCCUAUUUUAAAAUGAUAAUAUAGCAAAUGUAGCAUUUUUAGUGAGGAAAAAAAAGUUAUUUUUAUGUGCUAUUUGCCAUUGUUUUGGACAUAAUCCGGUUUGUGCCGGGAGUAUCAUCCCAAAACCUCACAAACACACAAAAUAUGUUACUUUGUACAAUAGUAUAAAUCAUGCUGUAUUUGUUUCUGAAGCAGGAUGUAUUUGUUAGGUAGGUUUCUUAUUUGGAAAGCAAAAUCCAUGAGUUAGUCUUUGGGUGUGAGUAAAACAUGUUUUGUGUGUUGGGGAGGUUUAGGCAUGAUAUUAACUCCACGAGAGGCUGGCUUUUGCAAAAUGAGGCUUACAUUGCUGUAAAAAGGUCUAGCGAUAAACCCCAAUGUGGUUCUUUUUUGUAGAGCCCUCUACGAGAGCCCUCUGCCAUUAUUCCAGUGUGACCUUUCAACCCUUUUGCUUGGUUUGCAAGAAUAACAACGCCGUGUAUGUAGACUUUAAAAAAAAAAGGUUGCAGCAGCAUCUCUCAAUGACAAAAAAAAGUUUACAUUUUCUGCUUUUUAACGCAGCAGCGUUGUGAGGCUCUUAACCGCUUCCCCUUGUGUCCGUGUUGUGUUCAAAGACCUCCUGUUGAAAGCUCCUCUUCUGUCUUGCGUCACCUCCCAGAUGGGGUCUCUUUCUUUGUGUGGUAUUGUCCCCUCCCUCCUAAAACAGCUCUCUAAUGUGGAGACUUUCUCUCUCUCUCUCGUUGUCCCAAACUGGAAGCUUUGCUGCUUUGGUGCAACGCUCAUCUCUGCAUUCUGAUAAGAUGAAAAGACAUUUUUAAAGGGCCGGCGCACCCACAAGACCUGUUAAAGUACAACAUAAUUGUUGCCAGGAUGUUGGUGGACAGUAGUACAUAUUUUCCUUCCAAAAGUGCACUUUUGGGUCCCCAUCAUCCACAAUGUUUAUAUGAGACAUGAAUACACGUCUUUCUCUUUGAUGUGUGUUUUAAAGAUAUUAAAAAAGAUGCAGCGCAACCUAAGAAUGCACCUUCAGAAAACACCAACAACGUUCAAUUUGCAUAAUGACCUGUAUGUAUAUUAUCCAAGCUAAGUUAAUAGCAUUAUGCCCAAGAACUACAUUACUGGCGUAGUGACACCUUGCCACAGGUUAGCUUCCAAUGUCUCAGGCCACUAGCCAAUGAUAACGCUACAUAUUGGAGCUUUUUGUUUUGGAGGCAAGGCUAGGUGUAGCGUCCCUUUUCAUGUUUCUAUGUGAAAUCACCGCAGCCAGGAAGGAAGUUCACAAAAUACUCCCAAGUAUGACAUGUUAUCAUGAAUGUACCUGUUAAUGCAUGCUCACAACAUGGAUCGAAAACCAGGAAUCCUUUUGGAGAUGUUUUAACAGGCAUGUCCCAUUAUGUGUUGCCUCAUUUUAGCUGUUUUUAUAUCUUUAGAAUGUGCAGAAAAGAGCAGAGAUGUGCGGUCAUGUCUGACAUGAGGAUUGUGGACGAUGGGCAAAAUUCCACCCAAAAAGUGUACUCGUCCUUGAAUUGUCGCCAUCACUUUGGCCAUGUUGUACUGAGCAGCCAGGUCAGAGGCAGGUGCGCCACUUCCCUACAUCGCAGUCAGUGCCAUUUACGGAUCUUUGGUCAUCAUCACAUUUUGUUUUAUUUGACUGGUAGCCAUACUGCGCCCGAUGCAGAAACAAAACCGCAUGGAUGCUUUCUUUUCUCAGACUUGAGGAUGUGCUGUGUUUUUUAUUUUAUACCUUGAUGGACUCCCUUGCUGACUCAACUUGGGUGAAUCCUUUUUCCCGCCAUUUUCCUGUCCAUAUUCAGCUUUGUUGAUGAGGAUGCUUACUGAUGCCACCUCAAAGCCAAACCCCUGCAUGGUUGUUACAAAAGUCCUUUUCGUCGUCUGUGAUCCGUCCCCUUCCUCUGUGUGCCCCCGCUCUUCUUCCUCUUUCUCUUCCUCCACGGCCGUGAACAUGUGAUUGAUGCCAGGGCUGAAGGAUGUCACACACGUAUGGUUGACAUCAUUGUAUGUUGUGCUGCUGGUGGAUGACUUAUUUUAAGAAGAAAAGCUUGAAUGGAUUACUCUGGUCUUACAAAUAAAAUGUUUAAUUUCAACACCCUUUGGCGCUCUUCUAUAUUCUCACCAGCAGGUGGCAGUAUUGUCAAUUCUGUUUUGG